AGAAAGGGGGGGAAGGGCAGCGGGUGAGUAAAGCGAGCGGACCUAGCGUUACCUUCCGCGAGUCGCAACGACGGGAAUGUUUUGAAUUGAACCUUGAACGAGGCAGAGCGUUCUUUAAAGUCCACGCGCAUGACUUGGCCUUUUAACAUCGCGCGCCUCGUACCCCGGCUGCGACGAACGCGCGACACCGCCGCACGACAUGAAGACCGAUCUCAACUGGCCUAACCGCAAGCUGAAAUGCGCGGGCCAGGCGGAGAUACUGCGCUCGCAUCAGCGGGACGACGAUUUCGUGAGGUACCUGCGGGAGAAGCUGUCCGAGGUCUCGCAGAAUUUCGGUGUGCACCGAACGCUCCUCCAGUACAUCCGCUCCGACACUCCGCUCAAGUUGCUGUACUUCGUCUUCACGUCGGGCAUGGGCAAUCAGACGUUGGGCGAGGAGUACACCGGCAUCGUGCAGGCCAAUUUGGAGCAGCGUAGAGUUCCCACAUUGACCGUGAGGGUACUAGCUGCAGUCUUAGAAUGCCUCGGCGAAAAAGCGUUGCUCAAAUUACUGCGACACUUGCAAGCGUACGUGAACGAUCCACGUAGACAGCUGACUCCGGCGGCGGUGACAUUCCUCAACACCCUGCUGUCCAGGUUGUGCACGAUGAUACCCAUAAUUGUGUUACUCCACAAAGGGAUGUUUUACAUUUAUGGUAGAUACUACAGCCUGGGUAGGAGGAUUGCCGGCUUAGAUUAUACGAAGGUAUAUGGUCCUCGGCCAGUGGAUACUGUCAGCUGGGGUUUAAGAUUACUAGGAGUUGCUACCCUAAUUCAAUGUCUACUGAGAUUCUGGCAGAGUAGCACGACGCAAAACACUACUGCUCUAAAUAUACCCAAUGCCAAACACACAGCUGUCGGUCACAGUUGUCAACUGUGCCUCGAGACGACAGCAACGACCGCGACGCUGUGCGGCCACCUGUUCUGUUGGAGCUGCCUCAGCGAGUGGUUGCGCGUCAAACCGCAAUGUCCGUUUUGCAGAGAAUACGUACCACCGUCGAGAAUUGUCCACGUGAUGAAUCUGUAAUUUUCUGUGAUAAUCGAAUCUAUUCCUUCAAUACACAGUAAACCUUUGAUUUAACGAAUCAAACAGUAGCGCAGUACAUAAAACGCCGCAUCGUGCGUUUUUCUUAUCACAUUUGUUUUGGGCAGAUUCACUGUAUUUCUGCCUCGAAGUAUUGUAUGGUUGUGUACAGAGUGUCCUUUGUAAUUUCUGAAUUGUAACUUUAUUAAAUAAUUCUAUUUAAUGGACUUUAAUGGAUACCUCUUCCUUCCAUUAGUUCGUUAAAUCAAGAAUUUACUGUGUAUACGUAAAGUAAAAAUUGUAUAUAUUUAUAUAUGUUACAUGUUUACAAGUAAUAUAUUUUGAAGACAAAUAU